AUGGCAAAGUUUCUGUGUUUGGUGCAGUUUUGCCUUAUUUUGACUCUGUGCAGUGUGAGCUCUGUCUUCAGCUGCCGAUGGAACUACAGAAAAUUCAGGCAUUACCACGGGAAUUGCUUGACGCUGCUUAGAGAAAUGGAUACAGGAACCAGUGGAGACAGUGAGAACGGCAACAUCUUUGAUGCUGAUUGGUUCGCCCACCACACAAAUUCUCAGCCGGUCAAACAAAUCUGGUUGUUCAUUCAGACUUUAGAGGAGAUCUCCUCUCUGCUGACAGAGGCUGAUCCGGUGCCCUGGAAUAAGGAGCAGCUGAACAAUUUCUUAAACAUGCUGGACUACGAGACGGAGGAACUGCACUCGUGUGUGCCCGUCAGAGGGAGAAAGAAUAAGAGGCUGUCUUUGUACUUCAAACAGCUGAGAGGUCUCAUCCACAACAACACGGGUGACCAGACAAACGUGUGGGAGCAGAUCAGAAAAGACCUGCUGGACCUUCUGAGCCUCCUGGAGUCGUUCCCUGCUGAUUAUUUUGCAAAUAAGACUUAUUAG